AUGGGAUUUGAGUUGGAUCGUUUCAAGGGGGCUGUGGACCCAGACUUCAAAUGCAACUUGUGUAAUAAAGUUUUGGAGGAUCCGCUCACUACCCCGUGCGGUCAUGUCUUCUGCGCCGGCUGUGUGCUGCCUUGGGUCGUCCAGCAGAGCAGCUGCCCAGUCAAAUGCCAGAGGAUCUCUACAAAAGAGCUCAACCACGUCCUCCCUCUCAAAAACCUAAUAUUAAAGUUAGACAUCAAAUGUGACAAUCACGCUCGGGGCUGCGAGAAGAUCGUCAAACUCCAGCAUCUGGCGGAGCACGCGGAGAUGUGCGAUUAUUCCCCUGCCAAAUGUAGGAAUAAGGGCUGCAGCGAGGUGCUCAACCUGAAAGAUAUGGAUGCUCACAUGCGUGAAUCGUGCGAUUACAGAGCGGUCGGGAUAUGCGAGAGUGGAUGCGGAUUGAUGCUCACUCAUAAAGAGCAGAAGUUGGACAACCACUGCUGCUUGAAAGCUCUCAAAGCGCACAACGGCGCGCUGCAAGGGAAAGUUGUCACCUUGGAUAAGGAGCUCAAGAAACAAGCUCUGAAGUCCACUAAAAGAGAGAAAUCACUUUUAGCGCAACUGUCGGCGGUUCACAACGAGCUUCAGAUGACAGCGCUGAAGUAUCAGAAGAAAUUCACCGAAUACAGCGCCCGGAUUGACUCCUUAUCCAAGAGUCUCUCCCCGAGUCCGCCGUGUAAGGGUGGAGAGACCAAAAGUGUCACAGCUAUACUCCAUCGUGAGUCUGGAUCUUUAGGUUUCAAUAUUGUUGGUGGAAGGCCAUGUGUGGAUAAUAAAGAUGGCACUUCCAAUGAAGGAAUCUUUGUGUCGAAGAUUGUUGAGAAAGGAGCAGCGGAUAAAGAAGGGGGACUGCAGAUUCAUGACAGGAUAAUGGAGGUCAAUGGAAAAGACUUGUCCAAGGCGACACACGACCAGGCAGUGGAGGCUUUCCGUAUGGCUAAAGAGCCCAUUAUGGUCCAGGUGCUCCGUCGGGCUCCCAGACCUAAACCUACAGGCCCGACUGGGGAAGGACAGGUCGUGGACAUCAGCACCCAGACAGACAUCACCUUCCAGCAUAUCAUGGCCCUCAGCAAACUGCCUACAUCCUCCACUCCUGUGGAUGUGCUUGAACAGUACCUCCUGCCAGAGGGGCACUCUCCAGCUCAUGAAUACUUCGACCCUAAUGAUUUCCUAGAGGGCAUGCAGCACGAGAUAGAAAGAGAAGAGCUGGAAUAUGAGGAAGUGGAUUUAUACAGAACAAACAUCCAUGAUAAACUGGGGUUUACCGUAUGCUACAGGACCGAUGAUGAGGAUGAGACGGGGAUCUAUGUCAGUGAGAUUGAUCCAAACAGCAUUGCUGCGAAAGAUGGAAGAAUUCGAGAGGGAGAUCGGAUUAUUCAGAUCAAUGGCAUUGAGAUCCAAAACCGCGAGGAAGCAGUGGCUCUUUUAACCAGUGAAGAACACCCAAAUGUGUGCUUGCUAUUGGCUCGGCCAGAGAUACAGCUGGAUGAGGGUUGGAUGGAUGAUGACAGAAAUGACUACCUGGAUGACCUUCACAUGGAUAUGUUGGAGCAACAACACCAUCAGGCUAUGCAGUUCACAGCAAGCAUGCUUCAGCAGAAAAAGCACGAGGAAGAUGGAGGUACAACAGAUACAGCCACACUGCUCUCCCACCACCAUGAGAAAGACAGUGGUGUGGGCCGCACUGAUGACAGCACUCGCAACGAUGAGAGCUCUGAGCAGGAGAAUCUCGCAGAUGACCAGACCAGCGCCUCCACCACACUGGGCAGCCGGCGCAGACUCGCAUACAGUCAGGACACCCUUGGCAGUGGUGACCUCCCCUUCAGCAGUGAGUCCUUCAUAUCUGCAGACUAUGCAGACGCAGAAUUCUUGGGUGACUUUCCUGCUGAUGAAUGUGAGCGGUUUCGGGAACUUUUGGAGCUGAAGUGCCAGAUGCAGAGUGCAGGCAGUAGUGGUACCCCAGAUCAAAGCUUGUUGUGGCCCAGUGGUGGACAAGGCGGUGUUGGAGAGGAGGGUGUCGACAAAGAACUGGAACUUCUAAAUGAGGAGCUCCGCAGCAUUGAGCUUGAAUGCCUGAGCAUAGUCCGAGCGCACCGCAUGCAGCAGUUACGGGAGCAGUGCCGCGAACAGUCCUGGAUGCUGCACAACAGUGGCUUUCGCAACUACAACACAAGCGUAGAUGCAAGGCGUCACGAGUUAGCAGACAUCAGUGAACUUCCGGAAAAGUCUGACAAGGACAGUUCCAGUGCAUACAAUACUGGUGAAAGUUGCCGUAGCACCCCGCUCACAUUAGAGCUCUCCCCGGACAACUCCUUGCGACGUGGAAAUGAAAGCCAAGCAGAAGCAGGGGCAAGUAGCAGUACCUCUGGUCCCAGCAGAAUUCUCAAACCCCUUCUCUCACCCGUCCAAGAGGCUUGCAGCCCCACUAGGGGCCGUCCAACAUUAUUAAAAGAGUCAGAGGUUGGUACCCAACCUGAAGUCAGAGAGCGCAAAGGAGGUCGUCAUGCACAUCCUCAAUCACCCUACAAACAUGCCCACAUCCCGGCUCAUGCCCAGCACUACCAGAGCUACAUGCAGCUGAUCCAGCAAAAGUCAGUGGAGUAUGCCCAAAGCCAGAUGAGCUUAGUAAGCAUGUGCCGGGACCCUGUCACUUCUGCUGACUUGGGACCCAAGAUGGAAUGGAAAGUGAAGAUCCGCAGUGACGGUACCCGAUACAUUACCAAGCGGCCAGUUCGGGACAAGCUUCUGAAAGAGCGAGCACUACGGAUCCGAGAGGAGCGCAGUGGGAUGACCACAGAUGAUGAUGCCGUAAGCGAGAUGAAGAUGGGUCGGUAUUGGAGCAAAGAAGAGCGCAAGCAACACGCCGUCCGUGCCAAAGAACAACGUCAACGUAGGGAGUUCAUGAAGCAGAGCCGUAUGGAUUGUCAGAAAGAGCUGGGGGUCACCACUGAGGACAAGAAAGAUGUCAACAUUAUCGAACUUAGUCACAAAAAAAUGAUGAAGAAGCGGAAUAAGAAAAUCUUUGACAAUUGGAUGACUAUCCAGGAACUGUUGACCCAUGGUACAAAGUCCCCUGAUGGGACACGAGUGUACAAUUCCCUACUCUCUGUGACUACAGUGUAG